AGGAGAUGGUUCCGAAAUCCAGCCGUAGCUCAAAGUGAUCGCCUCCUUGUGCGAUUCUCCCCUUUGUCUCCCCUUGUACCACUUUUCUUGUUCUGAACCUGUAAGGAUUUUUUCACACCUGACUCUAAGAUCUGUGAUUUAGUGAGUGUUCUGCUGAAGAAAAAAUAAGUUUUUCCCUACAUGGGUAAAGCACCUGUCUAUGACUCAUUUUGAAUGUCUCGUUUGCAUUUGUUUUUAAUUAUUGUUAUUGACAGGCUUUGUGUGUUCUUACACACAUGACACAGUUUAAGUGAUCUAUUUUUGUGUACUGGAAUUUUUAUUUUUAUUUUGCCAUACAAGGAUAAUUUUGCAUGACAAGUGGUGAUAACUCCAAGGAGAAACCAUGAGUUGGACUUAUUGUAAAUGCUAAACAUCUCCGGGCUUGGAGCUAUACUGCCUGUGGAAUUCAGAAAAGAGAUGACCACUGUGUCUAUGAAGCCCAUGGUGGCGAUGGUGGAGAAGAUUUCCAAUGUCACUGAGACCCCAGUAGAAGCUUCUACUGAAGAUAUGGCUGCAACAUUUACUAUUGGCACCAUCCUUUCCUUAAUGUGUCUGGUGGGCGUGGUUGGAAAUAUCUACACGCUAGUGGUCAUGUGCCACUCAAUGCGCUCAGCUGCCUCUAUGUACAUCUACAUCAUCAACCUGGCUCUAGCCGAUCUGCUUUACUUACUUACUAUUCCAUUUGUGGUGUGUACACAUUUCCUAAAGGGAUGGUACUUUGGAGAUGCUGGGUGUCGAAUCCUCAUUAGUAUGGACUUCCUCACCAUGCACGCCAGCAUUUUCACACUGACUGUUAUGAGCACAGAACGUUACUUUGCUGUCCUCAAGCCACUGGAUACAGUCAAACGCUCUAAGAGCUACCGUAAGGCAAUCGCCCUGCUAGUGUGGACGGCCUCCCUGAUUCUGACUUUACCCAUGAUUAUUGGUGUCCAGCUGAUGACCGAGAGCACCAAGCCAAUGUGCCAACCCACACUGAGCCCACUCUCUUAUAAAAUCUACAUCUCCUUUCUUUUUGGAACCAGCAUUGUGGCUCCAGGGGUGAUAAUUGGCUACCUGUACAUACGCCUCGCACGCACCUACUGGAUCUCUCAGACUGAGACCUUCAAGCAGACCAAGAGGCUCCCAAACCAGAAAGUCCUAUAUCUGAUCUUCACCAUUGUGCUCCUCUUCUGGGCCUGCUUCCUACCUUUCUGGAUCUGGCAGCUUUUAGGUCAGUUCCAGCCAGCGCUGGCUCUCUCCACCAAGGCCAAGCGCAACAUUAACUAUCUGACCACUUGUCUGACCUACAGCAACAGUUGCAUUAAUCCAUUUCUCUACACCCUGCUCACCAAGAACUACAAGGAGUACCUCCGCAAGAGACAGAGGACAUGGACAGCAGGCAGCUACCUCAGCAGGCGAAACCGCUUCCAGAGGUCGCCCAGACGCUCAUUGUCUUCGAGCAGUCAGCAGUGCAUGGAGAGCUUUGUGCUUGCACACACUUCCCGCACCAAUAACAGCAGUCUUUGAGGAGAAGAUGACUGUCUGGGGCAGGACAAGUGCAAAGCAAGCCAAGAUGGCUGGUAUCUCCCUUCUCUGGGCAUAAGAGGAAGAACAGAGAAGUAGGAGGAGAGUGGGCAAGAGAAGCAAAGCAAGUCACUGCAAGAAAAUUUCUUCUAUCCAUGAGAGGUCUUUCCACAUUAAGAGGCCAAUGUGGGUUUGGAAUUGCCGCCACCUCAUCUGUUGAUUAGUUUCAAUAAAUUCAAUCACAGAUGACUUUUAAGAGGGAAAACCAAUUCUCAGUUCAUCAGUUUUCCCGAACUCUGGGCUAUUGUCACUGUAAACUGAAGUUAAAAUAAGAUUCUGCCCUUAUUAUUUUGCACAUCCAUCACACUGUCAUCAAGGAUCAAGAUUCAAAACAAAGCGAUUAAAAAGAGAUAAAUCUGGCAAUUUUGAUCUCCUCCCCUUCCAAGUGACACUUUAAUGAGAGUAUUUCCUUCAAAUAACUGCAAUAGUAGCUAUUAAAAUAAUUUAAAACAUGAUUUUGUGAUUGGUCAGACCUAACAGGAAGAGUAUUUUCUUGUGCAGAAUCAAUAACUCUUAUAUUAAUGAAGAUCCCAGCUAUAUUUGAUCUUAUGCAGUAUAUCUGACAGCUAAGCUAUUCUAUUCAAUAUGUCUUUAAUGAUUUGUCGAAUUUCAUUGUAGGCUCCUAAGUGGCAAUAUAGCCAUGCAUAGCCUUCUAUAUCAGUGUUGGAGGAAAUCCAGAGUACUUACUUUUUUUAUUUUUGAGAGUGCUGUGUUUCAAUACCUGGGCCUGUUAAAUGGAUUCCGUCUGCUAUGUGAAGAUUCUGUCUCCUCCAUCCUGUUUCUUAGACUCACAGAACCUGAGGUUGACAAGUCUGGAGGCUUCAUGUUGACCUUAUACUGACCUGAGAUCUGUGUUCUACCAACUACAAUGCAGAGGAUGCUUGGCUUUGACUUCUAAUAAGUUAUGAUAGCAGGCUUGUCAUUUUAACUUUUCAUACUGACAAGUCGGUGACCUAGAUGAAAGGUCAGUACACACAUGAUGUGUAGGAUUUGCAAAAUAUGAGAAUCGCAGAGUGAAACUGACCAACUUGGCAACUUUAACUUCCUAACUACCAAGAAAUUAAUAAGUUAUCUUCAAUGCACAAUGGCAAAAUGGUGCUUAUUAUUUUUGGACUCUGUGUUUGUUUUACACACAAAAAAUAAAAUAAACAGUACUGCCCAUUAGAUGUAGUCUGUAUGUUGCUCCGAAAUGUUAAAUUAGUCAAAUCAGAAGAAUUAACUAUUUUGUUUUCGUACAGAGAUCAUACAUUUACUUAAUCUCUGUGUUGUCACAUUUUAAAUGUACAGAGUGUGAUAAAAAGUAUAUGGGAAGUAAAUAUUGCAGCUAUAAUUAAGUUACAUUUUUGCGACAACUUUGUUUACACAAAAGCUAACGGCAAUCAUUUAUCAUGUGAAGCACACAAACACUUAUUCAAUGAAAAUAAAAGAAUAGAAGAGCCUUUUUUGCACCUAUUACAACCUGCACUUUGAGAGCAGAGGAGAAAAUAGACUUUCACUUCCUAAAAGACAUAACAAAAAAAUCUGAUUCACUUUAUAUUAGGUAUAUUUAACUACUAUGUAUGUACAUUAACAAUUAAUAUUUUGAUACAACAGUACUUGUUCUAUAUGCAUGUUGUUCUGUGCAACUAUUGUAAGAUUUAUAUUUGCUGCUACCAAAGA